ACAAAGCUGCUGUUAGUCAGGGCGUCCUGUACGGUAUACCAUGCAUAUAGCUCCUCAACAUUCGUUAACCAUGUAAGUAGCAAAUUUAAUAUUUUUAUAGGUAGUAGUCUAUGAACAGGUGGGAAAUUUGUCGUCGCUGAUCAAAAAAUUGCGGGCAGAAACAAAGCUCAUUGCAUUUACAUGCAUUCAAAACAAAGCAGAAAGUUAGCAAGAAGCUGUUUUAGCUGACGAUUUUUUGCUUUCCAUUCAACGAUUUACAAAUUAUUGGUUAUUCUUUUAAAAGUCGAUCAUGAAUUCUUUGUUUUGGGAUGAUUGUUUUGUAAUCGCGUGAUUGGAAGAAGUUAAUAUGGCGACGUAAACAUGGGAGUAAAUACCGUAUACGUCGAUCUAUUGCUUGUUUAAAACCGUAAUAAACGAAGAAAGACGUGAUUUGAGAAUGAAAUGUAUGUUGAAAUUAACUUUAUAUGCCUCAAAUUUUCCAUCCUAUGUUUCUUAAUGUAACUUCAGCUGUCUAAGUUCAAAAUACAAGCUCGCGAAAUUGGACAAAUUUUGAAAAUAUGUAAAAAUAGCUUGAUUUUGAACUGUACUGUUUUCUCAAAAAUAGCCCAUGGCCUCAAUUUCAAAUAUAGCUAAAUGAAAAGAAAAAACUUUUCGGCGUUUGUAGGUAUCAAACAUAUCGUCAGGAAAAUAGGGGCUCACAAUGUUUUAGUUCAGUCUUUGAGACCCAGUUGCUUCGCACGUGUUGUGGUCAAAUUUUUGCCAAGAAUCAAAGGCCGAAAUAUGAACUUCCUUCAUCUUUAAAACUUUUUUAAAAACUAUUUUUUUAAAAAACUUGAAAAUCUCCCCACCCCCGCGCGACCAGCUUCCCUUUUAGUGCCAUUACAUUUAUAACAAGAAUUCUUGUCUAAUGCUUGUGGUUUUAUGAUUAACUCUAUUGAUAAAUUCAAAAUGUGCCGCGAAUUUAUCAUAAUGAUAGAUUCGGUCGUGUUUAAGAAUUUACUCAUAUAGUAAAUUCAAAGGUGGAGCUCAUGUUGCUGUGAUGGAACUCGCCUUUUCGAGACAAGUAUUCCCAUUGGGAAGAAGCAAUGAUUUUACCAUUGUGUUUGUCCCGCUUCCUGAAAUACACAUUUUACAAAUGAUUAUAACUAGAGAAUACUUAUGAUUUAUAUGUGCAUGGUUUACAGGUAUAAACUAUUAUAAACUGGCCGUUGAGAAAGAUCGUGACUCUAUUUUUAAGACCAUAUGGAAACACGGUUAAUAGAAUUGAGAUUGGAACCAAGCUUAACAGGGCAUGCUUUUGGUAGCUUGGUCCAACCCAAUAACCAAAAGAUUUAUCUAUGUUGGGCAUAAUUAUUGAUAAGUAAAAUUAACUCAAAAUAAAGUGUUUGAAUGGGGGUGUUCAGUGUUCUUACAUUUACCAAGUAGAAUUGAGUCGGCCUACUCCUGGUCAUGAACGAAGCAUGAUACGCCUCAGUUUUGGACAAUAUAGAAAUACGGCUUUAGACUUUAUAGCAAAGAACAUAACUCAUAAGUGCUGCACUAAGUGCAUGUGAAUAAUAUCGAAAUGACAUUUCUACUUUAUUAUUUGUUAUCUCCAACCCUUUAGGCAACACAAACGCUGGAGAAUUGCUGUUGGUCUUUGUUUGCUGAUUUUACUUGAUGAGUUUUGUGUAAAAACGGAACAGAAGAUUUCUUCUGUCUCUGGCCGUCAAGUUGCACAUUGGGAUUUUGAGCAGUCUCCAGUUACCUUCGUUGAUAAUCCGGAAAAUUAUGUUGGUAAAUAAAUUUUAUUUCUUCGUUAUAACCAUAUUCCACAGUUUUUGAGUGAAAAACGUUCUGUUCUGAAUUGUCCUUAACAGUUAAUUGAUUAUGUCAAAGUAUUCCUUCAGUGUAAUCUUGCGACGAAAAAGUCCCAAUAACAAUUGCAAAGUCCCGUUCAACAUCCUCCAACAUUGGUCCAACAAUGAAAAUUUUAAACAAAGUGAAAUAUGCUCCAACAUCAGCGAUUGCAUCCAACAAUGUUGGACCAACAUGUUGGCCUCGUUUGAACCGGGUUUAUGUAGUAUUUAGUAUAUGGCAAGCAAUGAAAUGGCGGACUGUGGUUGGCUGAGAAGCACUUUCAGCGGUCCAUUAUUUUCCAGCGGUCCAUUACGUAAAAACAAACGCAUGCAUUUUAAAACAAAACAGCAAAACUAAUUGAAAAUUUGAAAAUUGUACUUAUUUUAUUAUCAAUAAGAUAUCUGCGAAUGGCUUUAAGUGGAAAAGAAGGAAACUCAUCGGUAAUUUUUGUUUUCUUCCAUCAAAUGUGUACCACGCUACUAAUAUACAUUUCAAAACAUGCAUUUCUUGUUUGUUUCGAGUAUAAAUGCCUUUAUUAUAUAGUAGAGAGCGAGAUACUGAGAAAUACACAGUGACAUAUUUUCCAUAUCUUCACUAGUGAAGAUAUCGAUCACGUGACUUUUAGUAUUUAUACAAUUUUUUGCUUGGGACUAUAUAAUAAACAGAACAUUACACGGUGGCUUGAAGAUAUGACUUUUAUCUUCUUGUGUUAAAAGCAAUAUUUUACUCACUCGCUGCGCUCGUUCGCAAAUAUUGUUUUCACCACUCCGGUCAUAUCUUCGAGCCACCGUGUAAUAUCCUCCAUAUAAAUGCCAUAUAAUGAACUUUUUAUUAACCUCCCUUGCUCGGUAUGUACAGAGAAAUAUCGGACCUCGGUCUUUUUGUACAAACCACGCCCUACGGGCUCGGUCUGUUAAUUGUCUGUACAAUACCUUGGUCCAAUAUUUCCGGCUCUGUACAGACUUCGCGUUCGAUCGGUUAAUAAAAGUUACUAAUUAAAGCACGCGAGGAGUGCUUUAUCAGAUAUAAAACACGAGUGCACAGCACGAGUGUUUUAUAUCUGAUAAAGCACGAUAGCAUGCAAGAAAUCGACCCAUCUUAUGAGUUUGUUGGCGAAGUAUUAGGGAGUUUAAGCAAACGACGUUUUUGUCAACACGGACAAAUUGUCUGGAUAUUUGUCUUUCCUCAGGAAUUAUUAAUAAGUUUUUUGAGCGCGCGUAUUUAUUAUCAAUUGAGCAUUAGGAAAGACGGCCUUGAGGCCCUGGGACCGAAGAUGCUGCUGGAUCAAAGUGCCCGGUUACGAAUAGUAGCACAGUAGCCCCGGUAGCAACAAGGCUAUGAUAACCCAUUAUCUUGGGCAAAAUGGUUAAUAAUGGCGUAUAUGACACCAGUGCAUGCAGGGGCAUCGGUAGAUACAGAUUGCAUGAGUAUCUCCUCAUAUCCAAACAGUUCUUAUAUGUGUAGUUUUUACCUUUACAGAUGAUUUUUAUCAGUCAAAUACUACCUCUGACCUGUCCACGAGGAGAGAAAAGCGUAAGUUAACCUUAAUGGAUAAUUAAAAAAAGGAAUUGAAAUAGUUACAGAAUACAGUACCUUGAUUCUGUCAUACAGGACGUUUAUAAUAAGGUUUUUAAUUUAGUAAUAUAGAUAGGGUUAAGGUAUUAAAUUACCCGACAUGUAAAAAGUUUGGUUCAUCUUUAAUAUCCUCGAAAAACAUAUGAAUAUACUAAUAUAGUUCCUCAAUCCAUCACCUAACCUGCGAACGGGUAUACUCUGUGGCGAUAUAUUGACUCUUCCAUGAUAAUGAAUAAAUGCAGGUUUUAAGUAACACUGACUCUUCGAUAGUCAUUACUCUAUUACCAUUCUUAAAUUUAUAUAAAUGAUUUUUACUGAAAAGUUAAUGAAUACUUUCAUUAUGUUUUUUGAUGUUCUUUAAUUAUUGUUCUAAAACUAAUUACAUUAAACUGCCCAAGCCUGUGUAACUGAACUACAUAAAACAAAGUAACGUGUUCUUGCUUAUUCUAGGCGGUGUAGUUGUUGCGAUUUUGGUUGGUGCCAGCAUCGUGGCUUCACUGGCAAACCUUGGUUUUGAUAUUUAUUUGCAUAUCAAGGGCUGCUGUGGUGUGUAUCCAUCUGCUUGCAAAUAUAGGGAUGAAUUUGACAGUUUAAAGAAAACCUUGUCAACAAAGAGUCGAAAUGUUGACAAUAUAUGGACAAGUGGUAAAUAUAUAUAUAAUCAAUUGUGAAUCGUAAGAUUUGCAAUCGAUUUGACCAGAGGCUCUCUGCCCUCCCGUUUCUUUUGUCGUCGCUGUUCCAUAAAUCAGUCAUUUUGGUAUUUCAACAAAAUUGCACUCCGUAUUCAGUAAUUAGAAAUACUAUAUAUUCACGUACAUGAUUUUCUCCUACAACAGCUGAAAAUACAAAAGAAUGGGUGAAACAAUGCAAUAACCAGAACCGUCAAUUGUGGUUGGAAAUAGAUCGUAUUGCUAAUCUAGAAGAGGAGCUAAUUGAAGCUCUGAGUAUUAAUCUUAUCAUUGCUUUUAACAACAAAUCUGCAGAACUCAAGGUAUAGUGAAUGUUCCCUCCAUUAACGUGUAAUGGACAUGGUCUUUGUAAGGACAAGUCAUGCAUUGUUCAUGUUUCGAAAAUUAGCUCGGUCAUGCACGAACUAGAAGACGUGUACUCAUGCACUCAGCUAGAUACAACUAAGAAAUUAAUAUAAUUGGUGCAAAAAAACUGAAAUCGUGGUUCACCUAUUUUCAUAGGUGCAGGAGGGGGGGGGGGGGGUUUUAAGUUGGGCAGCCGCAGAUAGUCGUAAAAAUCGGGCAGAUUCUACUAAAAAACUGGACAGAUUCUACCUAAACAUCAAGCCAAUGAUGAAAGGGGAGCAAGACACGCAUUUAAAAGCGUCCAAAGAGCAAGAAAUAUUUAACGUUGGGGAAACGUUUUGGAAGUCGGCGAGGUGCCGUACCCUCCCCUUCACUUCACGUGGUUAUUAAAAUUUAUACUAAUUUUUAACGUCCUGGUUUUAGGUCCGAAACUGGAUUUUCUUGCGCAGUACAGAUAUUUUUUUAUAUAUUUCAAAAUAUGAUUCACACCGUCAUUUUCGCACGCAAUUUAAUUUGCAAUUUAUUAACACAAUUGACUACAGUCAACAGAAAUACGUACUACAUAUAUUAGAGCCCGUUGAUCAAUAAAAGUUGGGGUUUUUUUAGAUUAAAAAAAAAAUCGUGAGCGGGGGCCUUUUUUAUGGGCGGGCGAGGAAGCUAACCAACUACUUUUUUUAUGUGUCCUUAUUGUGAUACUCUGAUUAAGAAUUACAUUCUUUUAUGUAGGGGAAAAUACGAGAUAAGAACGAAACUGUAUUGCUCCUUACCUCGAAACAACUUUCUGUGGAAUACGAUUCCCCUUUCAACUCCGUAAAAGGAACUUUAAUUGCUGUCACAGGAGUAGUGGGUCAAGUGGGAUCAUUACUUAUAUCUAAGGCCUAUGAAAGUUACAAAAUUAACAAGGUAACUAUGUUUAGUUUGAACUAAGUUCUUUAUAAUCUUGCAUGGCGAAAUAACCAGAAUUGUUUUGUUUUGUGGAAACACCACGUAUAAUUAAUAUGCAUGUUGUUUGCACAAAACAAAACAAAACAAAUCAAAUCAACGUUAGCUAUCUCUUUGAAAUAUUCUAUGAAAAGCAUACAUGUCGAUGACAAAAAUACAUAUUUCGUGGUGUCUUGGUUUUAUAGUGUGGUCAUUUUCUUAGAAUUCAAAUUAAAAGUGCAUGAGCACCGUACGUUCCGCUUCAUUGUUUCAUUCAUUUGAAAUUGAUCUUUAUUUAUAUGGAGCAUUAGCAAUCAAGAUAUAAACUGAAUAACAUUUGGAUUUAGUUUCCCGUUUUUCUCUUGCCGGUUUCGUGCCGAUACACUACAAGCUUCUACUCAUACGCCUCGUUAGUCAAACUAAUCCCACAAUAUACCAUACAUAAAUCAUGCUAAAGGCGCUGCAGAAUGGCAUUUGGUUGAUUAAUUUAAAAAUGUUUCCGAAGAAUAGAGAGUAUUGGCAAAAUUAUGUUACUAUAGCUCGUUUCUUUUCAUUUAGUUUACCGGUUCAUUUCAACACCAUGCUAUUACUUCCAGUAAUAGGUAGUUUAGUUGAUCAGGCACGAACUAUUUCAGAUUAUCAAUAUUUGCCCACAAUUUCUACUAACAACAUUAUGUCUAUUGAAUCUUUAUGGGAUAUGAUGAAAGUGCCAGUAAGCUAAUGUUUGACAAAAUAAUUGGAACUGACAAUGUAUGGUCAUAGUGCAACUCACAUGUAAAUACCCUUUAACUAUAGAUGGCAAAUUUACUGAAAUCUACCGAGGGUUCUCGUUUGAUAAAUGCUCAACCGAAAGCACAGAAGCUUUUUGGUGUAAGCAAGACGAAUAUCAAUUCACAUUUUAAAGUAACAGCCAAGGCACAAUACAAAGCAAAUUAUAAGCCAAUCAGAGGAAAGGUGGCGGCAGGAGCCGCAGCAGUUUUGGCAGUUAUAACAAUAGGUAAGUCCUCCUCAAAAGACCCUGGGGACGAGGUUGUAGGUAAGUUGCAAUUAUUCUUUGCACACUUUUCCAGUCAUGCAAUGUAAAUAAUUUUGGGGAUGAUCCGCAAUUUUGUUACAGAAUAUAUUGUAUACUAUACACAACACAACACAACACAACACAACAGAUACAUUUACGAAGACAAUUAAAGUUUAACUAAACAAGCAAUUGUGCAUGGGCUAAUCAUAGACAGGUUCAAGACCAUUCAAGAAGAAAUAUAUUCCCGUUCUCUCUGUCGCCCACUAUUCACUAAUACUGCACUAACAUCACGUACAACGCAAUGGAAAGAAGUGAGACGCUGUACAUCAUGUUAGGCGCAAUAUAGUGGGACGACGCAUAGAGACUUGGAACAAGUCAACAUGCCUUGACUGGCUUGAGGUUAAGACAUCGUAUCCUUCCACGUUCAAUUUAAAUCCUUAACGCUCCUGUAAAUCUUUAUAUACUAUUAAAUAUAUUUAUAGUAAUUAAGUUACAUAAUUUUUAGGUCUUGAGAUUUACGCAGCAGUAAUGAAAGUAAAGGCCUGUCAAAGAGUUCGUGAUAAUGCUUAUGAUGCACUGAAGAACAUGAGGAAGGCAAACAGCGAUGUGGAUGAUAUGUUAGUUAAUGUCAGGGAGUAUCAGAGACGGGUGACGGUUGAGGUGAGUUUUUAUAACCGUAUAUUUUAUGACGUCACAAUGUUUAAUUAAUAUACUCAAGAGUUAGGCGCGUUACAGAAUAGCAUUAAUCGAUUACAUGCGGAUCAAUUCAGUGUAAGCUGAGACCGUGAUUCCGUGAGAUUACGCUACGAACACCGUUCCAUGAAGCAAAUUGUUUUCAAAAUUACUUAUAAAAUUAAUUGUAUCAAAUCAUUUCAUUUGUUGCUUCCCGACAUUUCAGAUAAAACACUCCUCGGCUUUUUUUUAUUUCCCAACACCAGUGCCUAAUUGCCCAAAUAUCUUUAAAAAUGCGAUUUAAAGCGGUAUCGCACGAUUCUGAUGAUAAAAACAAAAAGUAGUUAACGUAAACAUUCUUUUUUAUAUCUUUCCUGUACGACUAUGCCAUUUUUCAAGGGAUGGAACAAGAUUAGAACUGAACUGACGAAGAAAGAUCUCGCCGAAAUAUUGAAACAACUCCGCACGCUAGCGCUUGGAGCUGCUACCCAGUCGAAGGCCAUGAAAGAUGCUGUAACUGCAAUUGACAACUUUCUGAGCAAAAUAAGAUACGCAAAUUAUCAAGCAACGUUUGAUCUGCAACGUAACUUGAUAAACGGCUUAGCUGGGCUUAAAUAUUCAUUGGAAUGUUACCGUAAUUUGAUUCAAGCAACAUCGUACAUGAUAAAGCAUUGCAGGAAUGGUGAUGGUCAAUUCGCGGAACUCUGGGAUCAAAGUGUUAUUCAUUUUCACCUGAAUACCAGGAGCUGCCAAGAUAAAUCUGGGGUUCCUUAUACAACGAAAUCCAAAAUGGAGGAGGCGAUCAAAGCUCAGGCAAAAACGGAUAACUUCAACGCAGAUUGCAUACUAAACAGCAAAGAUGUCAGGUAUUUAGUCUGCACAAGGAAAUAUAGUGGCUACACUGCGAAAGAUAUUGCAAAGGAAUUCGAUUUGUCUGUAAAGCAAGCAGAAAUAAUUAUGCCUGGUUGCCCUCCUGAACCCCUUACACCCCACAAGGUCAAGUCAAUAUGUCAAUUACACAAGGAUGGAGUGAAAAUAGAUAACAUCGUUACUGUUGUGGGGAUGCCAUUUAUCCUAGUCGCUCUGGUGCUCGUCCAUAAUUGCACCCAUACACAAGGACUCGGUUAAUUAAUUAAUAUAGUAACUGCGUAUACACACACUCUUAAUUUGUUAUUCAACGAUAUUUGGUAAGGUCUCUAUAAACAUAAUUUAAUAUGUAUUUUUCCUGGACGAAUGUUAAAGUGUCUUCUUAUAUGUAUGAAGGUAAAAUAUAUAUAUUCCUGUGAUAUAAGUUAAUACAGUAGUUCCUUGAUAUAGUCAUGUUUUUAAAUACAUCUUUUGCAGUUUGCACCUUGUUUGGAAUAUCGAAGUUUCCUUGAUCAUUGUUUCGCUCUAUACCCGUACGGAAGGAAACUGCAAAUUAGGGGGGCGGACAAAAAUUUUGCCCGACGUCGAAUGGCCCAAAAAUUACAAAAUUCAAAUACAAACAAAGUUAAUUAAUACAUUUUGCCAGCGUUAAAUAUUUCUUCUUUUUCGACUACUUUAGUUCGCGUUACGCUUCCCGUUAAUCAUUUGUCCGAUUUUUAAGUAGAAUUUCCCAAUUUUUAAUGUGGUUAAAUGAAUCGUGGUUGAAUCAUUGAAUGGUUGAAUCAUUGAAUCCUAAAGUUGAAUCAUUGAAUCCUAUAGACGAAGCUAUUUCGAUCAGUUCCAUUUUUGAAUUUAUCUAAUUUUCCUAAGAUUGAAUCAUUGAAUCAUUGAAUCCUAAGAUUUGAUCAUUGAUCCUAAGAUUGAAUUAUUUAAUCCUAGAUUCAAUGUUAGGAUUCAAUUAUUGGAUCUAGGAUUCAAUUAUUCAAUCUUGGGAUUCAAUUAUUAAUUCAAUCUUAUGAUGUAUAGGCUACGAAAUAGCAAAUACACAGCCGUGGUAUAAUGAAACGACUGUUUCGAUUGCGCGUUCCGAUUUGAAAAACAAAAUUGCUACGAAGUGAAAAACUACGAAGUCAAAUACGAAGCAGAAUAUCAAAAUUCAAGAUGCAUGUAUUUGCGGCAUCAUUUCUUUCAUCAUUUCAGUGAAAUUUUUUCCGCAUCGGCAGAGUACAUGAAAAAUUUGUGUGAUUUGAUAAAUGCGAUGAGUGUUUCUGGGGCAAACAGUUUAAUUGUGGCCGAUAUAUAUUCAGUAUAAAGUUCUCCCUGUAAAACCUGCGAAACGAAUGAACUAUGCAAUGACUAAUCAAUGACAUUAUUGUGACGCCAUUUCAAUUAUUACUAUUCAAUGGUUGCGUAACCUGAUUAUUAUUCAAUGGGACGUAUAACCUCAUUAUUAUUCAUUGGUGGUAAGGUUGUGUUAUCUCUGGGGGACGUACCUCGGGCGUCACUGGUGACGACAUCGGCAAUUAACUUCUCCCGCU